AAAAUCUCAGCAAUUGAAUAUUUAAUCGGUAACUUCAAUCGUGGGAGUGUAUUGCUGUGAUCGUGUUCUUAUUUUCAUUAUUUUUAAGGGAUAUGAUUCUGAUUGAGGAUAUGGAGAUGAUUUGUCCCUGAACUUAGUGAAAUUUCUUUUACCAUUAUGAGUAUUGCUGACUACACUCAAACCCCUGAGGACCAUCAGGCUUUUCUUGUGACAGUGAAACCAGUGGGAGCAGUCAAAGUCCAUGCAUUUUCCAGGAUCAUCAGCCGCAUCACCAGUGUUUCGUACGUGCGGGUGCCCGACAACAAACGUGGCAUCUGGCUCAGAUACAAGCGUCUUGUCCACUUAGAAAACAAUGAGUGGGGUGACUUCCAGGUCCAUCGACGUGUCGCCGGCCUCAUCUGCUUGGGAAAGGCGUCGUCGGAGAUUGAACUUGCCACCGUGUAUGCAAACUUUGACACAAUGAAGGAAACUUUUCGGAGCACGCUAUUUGACUCUAGGUGUUUUGUUUUUGGGAUGUCAGAGGAGACGGUGCAGGAGAGUGCGUCUGGAGUCAGACCUGAUGCUGUGUAUUACAAGAGCAUGGAGGACUGUGAUCAAUUGGAGGAUGAUGUCAAAGAAUUUGCAUCAGCGCUGUUCUGGGUGUUGGAAUCCAAGCGUCUUGAUAAAACAAACACCAGCAGAAAUGACAAGCUCCCUCUCUUAAUGGCACCAUUCGAGCGGAAAGAUAUUGUUGGCAUUGAUACGGAGACAAGGACCUUUCGACGGCGGGUGCAGGGUAGAAUGCGUAAGCAUAUUGGUGAUCUUAGCCUGAUGGCUGGUAUGACUCAAGAUGCAUUUGUUCAUUAUCAGACAGCCUAUGAGAUCUUAAAAGGAGCCAAUGAUUGGCUUUGGAUGGCAGCUUGCCUUGAAGGCAUGUGUGCAGCUUCUGUCAUCCAGCUAUAUCCUACAGAACCCCCAAACAAAGGAAUUCCUAGAAAUGCUUCCUUCAGUGGGGAGUCUUUGUUAAAGCCUCCGGAAGAGAAACUUCAUCGCACAGGGAGCUAUGACACCAUGAAUGGAGUAGAUGAAAAGUACGAAGAUGAAGACCUGCCAAAGAACUGCCUUCCUCCUGAUGAUAUCAUUGAGAAAUACAGGGAUGCUAUUGUGCAUUACGCAAAGUAUACGAAUGCUGCAAUCAUAGAGAUGGAGGCAUGCAUUAAAGCUACAGAAGUCCUCAUCAAGCAACGGGAGCAAGGGGAAAUGCUCACAAAUAAGAAAACAAUGGAUGCUGCAGACUUUCUUCAGAAUGUGAUCUACAUCAACCUCAAUCUCCCGGAGCACGAGAAGGUGCAGCGUUACAGUGCCCUCUCCAGGUUGUUCUCAAAGAUUGGCUUUCAUCGGAAGGCUGCGUUCUUCAAGCGGGUAGCUGCAAUGCAAUGUGUUAGUCCCACCAAUCCAAAUUCCAGCUGGGCUAUGUGCCACAGUUUACUCUUGGAAGCCAUGGAUGGGUACAAGCUGUCUCUAAAUGCCAAGGAUUAUAGACGAGAUGACCCUCAUGGAUGGCCGAUGUUGCAGAUCAAGCUUCUUAAUGAGAUGAUAUUAACAGCAAGACGAAUGGGUGACCAUAGAUUAGCUGUGAGGUAUCUUUCAUUCUUGCUCCAUGCAUUCCAUCCUAAGAUGUCUGUCAAUGAGAAGAGGGAGGUGGCAGCUCAACUUGAGACCUUAACCAGUAAGACUCCAGGAGUACCCCUUCCUCUCUCAGUUGAUAAUGGCUUGAUUGUACCAGCGGUUCCCUUCACUUCAUUCCCUGUAGUCAAAUCUUUUCAGCUUAUCCGUCUAUCUAACCAGCUACUUCCCCAUAGAGCAGCUCCUAGUAUAACCCUCAAAGAUGGGCUUAACUCUGUGAAUUCCAGUCCUUUCAUCUACACUCCACUUAGCUCAAGAAAUAAUACAAUACAAAGAGAUAGAUCCAAAGUUGAUUUCAAGUGGGUAUCAAAUGAAGCUUGUGAGGUCUGUCUACAAGUCUACAACCCCUUACCCUUUGAGCUUAGAGUUAGCAAUCUAGGUUUCCUGGUGGAAGGCUUGAAGUUUGAGCCAAUCCCUGCCACCAUCACCCUCCCUCCCCAGUCGGGUCCCCACGUGGUUUCCCUGAUGGGCAAACCCAAGGGCUCCGGCCUCCUCACCAUCACGGGCUACACCACCAACGUCCUGGGUGUAGAGAGUCACUGCCGUCUGGCUCACGUCCCCGCCGUGACCGAGCCCUUCUACCAAGUCAAGGUGGCGCCGGCGCUACCCCUCCUUAAGAUUUCGACGUCCUUGCCCAAGGCGGCCAGUAGAUUGAGCUUAGAUCCCUCUGAGAAGCAGGCGAGCACAAGUGCGGCUGUUAGUCUCCUGACAGGAGAAAGCUGUGAAUGUGAAGUUAGGAUAACUAAUUGCAGUAAAGAUGUAGCUGUAGAUACACUGGAUAUAGUAUUAGAUUGUGAUCUCGAUGAUGUAUUUACAUGGAGUGAAGAGAAUGUUCAAACGCAGCUUCCAUUACAUCCAACCUGUCAGCUCACCCUAACUUUGUAUAUCAAAGCAAAGGGCCAUUUCUGUGUGCAGUCGGGUAAUACGAAACCAAUGAAUGUUCCUCCAACUCCUACAGUGAACAGAACAGAUAGGAUACCUGGUCUACCUUCCCACCCAUCAAGAUCACCUUCAACAUCUAUGAUAGAACAGCAAGCAUUGGCACCACAUGAAAUAGAUCUUACCAGAUUACACCAGAUAAUUGAAGGUACUCUGAACUUACAGUACUCUGGUGGAGAAGGAGUAGAUGAGUACUUCAGGCAGACUUCUUUAGUUCUUAACGUAGAGGUCCAACCAUCUAUAGUCUUUACAAAGUGGACCACCAUACCAGCCACUGAUCCCAGACAUUUCCAUUUGGUGCUUGAUGCAAUGAAUGCUACUCUUCAAGAUUUAAAAGUGCAAUACGGAGAGGAGAACUGUGAGGUAGCAAUAGAGAGUCAGAAGACAAAGAGGAUGGCAGUACGAGUGGAUCGGUUUGAGCUGGAUACUCAAGCCGUGAACGAGAGUUCUGAGUUCUCCUAUGUGAUGGAGGAUCCUCAGCUUCAUAUGUUUUCAGCACAGCUAGCAACCAUGGUGGACAUCAGGUGGCAAUGUCCCAUCAAUGGCAAACAUGGGGAUGCGUCUGUGGAGGGUCUCAGGUUAUCUCAAGAGGAAUUAGACAACAUUGUACCUUUCCCUGUUUGGUGGGAUGUUCAGAUCAACGGUGAGGCUCACAUGGUAGGAGAACCAGUCACUGCUAACCAGGGGGAACCUCUAAACAUAGCUGUCUCGGUCACAAGUAAAACAGAUUCAUGUGUUGGCCCAGUUGAGCUGAGUACAUUUGUCUACUUGGAUCAUGAGAAUGAAAAGAAGGAGAUGAAUCCAACUGAUAAAGUAACUUGUUUAGGAACUACCUCAAGAGUCAUAGAACAGUUUGACAGUAACCAGUCUGCUAGUCACGAAUGCACCUUCAUGUUCCUCUAUCACGGCAUCUACAAGGUAGGAAUCACAUUCAAAGAGUUAAAUCACCAGUCUGAACCCAUCUCAUCUAACACACAGCACAGCAUAGUAUUAGAGAGGGAGGAGAGAGUGUGGAAGUACAGGCCACCGGUCGAGGUGCAGGUACAGUGAGGAUGCAUUCACAUGUGAAGAAAUAUUGCACAGUUACAUUUUUUUUACAUGGUGUAAAUGACUGAAAUUAUGUGCUCUAUGAUAUGAUAUUAAUUAAUAAAAAUUGCUGCACUAUGCCAUUCCCCCUCCCAAAAAAAAAAUAAAAUAAAAUAAAUUGAAAUAAAAUCCAUAUCUGCCAAUACUUUUGAUUCCAACUCAUGAAUUUUGUGAAAUCGUGGAAUUUUUUCAGUAUUUUUUUCUAAUGGCUGAGUUCAUAAUAAUUAUGGCCAUUAUAACUCAUGUGAACAGCAUUACUUUUAAAUGUGUUUUCACCGGUAAUUUUUCCAUAAUGUGGAUACUUCUAAGGCCAAUCUCAAAUAGUUUAUUGAAAAAAUCCUGCUAUAUCAGCUUGAUCAAGACAAAAGAACAAUUGUUGUGUCAGGCUACAUCAAAAUACUGGCAGUAGAAGUUUCUCGUUCUCUCCACCUUCCAUUCUGUUCACUUUCGAUAAAUCCUGUCAUUUGAUUAAAUCCCACCACCUGAACUCAAGAUUUAAAGAUCUUAUCAGAAAGCAAAUAAUAAAUGAAUGAAUAAAUUAUAUGCCAGUGUAAAGCUUAUAAAAGCUUUAAGAUACAGCCAUCCUAUUUACAUAAAUGAUCAUAGCUUACUACCUGAAUAAUUCCUAAUAGACAGUGAAAACUUGUAAACUUCUAAAAGGGGCCAGCAUGGAACCCAAGUCUAUUUCAUGCUACAUUGUACAGAAUGAAUAAAAUCAUAUCAAAUGAAUUUAAAUAAACCAGACCCCUGUCCCCCUACACUCAUAUAAACUAAACAAACAAUGAAACAAAUACCAACAUCAAAACAAACCAUCAACAUUAAAAAAAAAGGAAACAAGCAAAAUAAAACAAAACAAACAAAAAAUAUACAACACAAAGUCUACACCGGCACAGCAGACAGGUAAACUCUAAGCAUUCACAUUCUUGGCAGCAUCCUUCCCCGUUCUGUUUUAAAAAGGAUGGUCAGUCACUCAGUGGCACUGAAAGUGUGGGGAGGAAUAAGCUGCUAAAGCGUAACUAGCCACUAGAUAGUAACAGUCCUGUCUUAGUGACCGAAAAGUAGUCAAUUUGUAAAGAACGAACAAUUUUCAUCUCUCGUAUGGCAUAGCUAUACGUUAGAGCCGGCACUUGCUUUUUUCGCAAAAUGAGUCUAUAUAUGCUCAGCAGUUUAUGAAUUUUAUGUAAUUUUUAUGUAUUACUCUUGAUGCAUACAAGGAACAAUACCUGAGAGUAUGAGGGAAAAUCAAACUCAUUUUUAAU